GAUUAAAAAAAAAUGCUUUUUCUUUUUUUUUCUUCUUUUUUUUAUAUAUAUAUAUAUAUAUAAAUAUAUUUACACGUAUAUAUUUUAAGAUUUUCAAGUAAUAUUUCUCUUGCGAUCCUUUCCUGACAACACAGUGCACAAAGAGACACGUGCUUAACAACUUUUAAGUUAGAAAAAAAUCUAUCGGACCUUUUAAAACGCUGUUACACUUCAGAUAAUAGUGAAGAAUAACAUUUUGUAAUUGUAGUUAACAUAUUUGAAGAUAAGUGUAAAUAGAUAUGUAAAAGUCACAACCUACCGCAUCCAUUUUAUAGUUCUCAAGCAGACUUUUAACUAGAAUAGCAAAGCGAGUUAGAUAUCAACAAUUUGAAAACUGUAAUUGUAAGAUCAGUGAACAUUACCUGACGGCAAUGUCGUCAUUUAAUCGAGUCUUGGUUUUUUUUGUUACCGUAACAUAAUAAUAAUAAUAAUGAUGAUGAUGAUGAUGAUGAUGAUGAUGAUGAUGAUAAUGAUAAUGAUAAUAAUAAUAAUAAUAAUAAACGUCUUCUCCUGUUAACAUAGUUACGUUUGACCAGAGUAUAGUUAUGUAAAAAAAAUAGGACAUUGUUCGUUGGCAUAAACGCAUUGUGAGCCCAGACUUUUUUUUAUUGAGGAUCGCGAUGAUCUGAGAAAGACUUUUAAUUUUCUUAAUGCGACAAAUAAAUAGAUUUUUAAUGUAGAAGAAAAAGAAGAAAAUGAAGAAGGGGAACAAAAGAAAAGAGAGAAAAAGCACUUUAUUCUAUUAUAAAAUAAUUUUGGUGCCACGAUAGCGAUAAGAUUACAAUUUUCCAAAUCAUCGAAUAUUUACGAAUGAUCGAAUGAUAAAAUGAUGAUAAUGAUGGUGAUAUACCUUUAAUGUCAUGUAUGUGAAGUAUGUAGACAAAUUAAAGAUGUUAAAUUUCUAAAUGUAAUAAUAAUACACAUAGCGAAUCCUAAACCUUCCAAAAAUCAGCGUUAACAGAUAAAAAAAAAAAAAAUAAGAAAAUAAAAAUAAAAAAGAGUAAGUAAGAACUAAAGCAAGACGUUAUUAUCACAGACAUGAGGAUUACAAACGUCCUAAAAAAAAGAUUGAGACUGUUUCGUCUGUUAUAGAUUCCUCAUCGAUCGCAAAGAAUAAAAAGAUACGAAAUUGUUUCGUAAUAUAAUUGAAACUAGUAAUAACGAAAUACUUCGCUUGUAUGUUUUAGAGUAUCCGAUCCAUUGAGCGUGGACAUUAAAUCCGCUCAUCUGUCUUCGCUGAAACUCGAAUACGACGAAUGCAACGAAACAAGAUCCUUGAAACGAAUGGAUAACGAGGAUAACACUCGAAAGGAAACGUCUGUUUUCUUUGUAGAUCGUUUCAAAAAUGAAACGACUACAUUGAAUAUCAAAGGGUCAUCAAAAAAGAAAAUAAAUAAGAAUGUUGAAUGUGAUCAUUGUCAGCGAAAAUUCCUGAAGAAGAGUAACUUAAUAGAACAUUUGAAACAACACAAACAUAAAUGUACCGAUUGUUCGAAGACGUUUAGCCUUCGACGUUAUUUAAUCUCUCAUACUGAGAGGAUUCACCGUCGUCAGAUUUACGAAUGUAGCGUUUGCGAAUACAAAAGUAAUAACAAGGGUACAUUGAAGAAUCAUUAUAUUCGUCUACAUACCAACAGUUAUGAUUAUUCUUGCGAUACUUGUGGCAAACAGUUCAAGAUCAAAAAGGCUUUGAAUCAUCACGUUAAACAGAAUCACAGUGGUGCACCACCUAUCGUAUGCGACGUUUGUGGACACUUCAGCAAGAACCUUCAUGCGUUGAAAGCUCACAUGAAGUAUAGACAUUAUAAACCUGAGUUCGUGUGUUGUAUUUGUAGACGUGGCAUGACGACUCGUGAAAAUCUUGAACAACAUUUAGCUUGGCACGAGAACAGAGAAAAGGUUCUUUGUCCCACAUGUGGAAAAAGAUUCCGAGGUCGUGAUCUUGAUUCCCACAUGCGAAUACACACUGGUGUCAAGCCCUUUCCCUGUCCAGUUUGUGGUAAAUCCUUCAGAAGGCAAACUGCUCAAGAACAACACGUUCUUAUACACACCGGAAAGAGACCAUACAUUUGUGAUAUUUGUGGACAGGCCUUUGCACAAAAACCAGGCCUAAUUUGUCAUAGAAAAAGACAUCCUGGUCCUUUGCCACCUCUACCAGUAGUGUCUGUUAAAAGUAUAGUUACUGAGUUUACCAGGGAAUAUACAACAAAAAAUACGAUAAAGAUAGAAUGAACUUUACCCUUGAAUUUUUAUUGUGUAAUUAACUUCGACUUUGAUCGAUUAAUGCGGCCUCUUUUUUUUUCUUACAUCGAAGAAAAUAAGAUUUUUUUUAGAGCAUAUAUCAUAAAAAUCAUUUAGGAUAAUCAUUUUUGUGAAAGUAGAUUAACAAUAUCAGAUUCGUUGAUAUUUUAAUAUUAGUGUAGAUAAUAAGUUCAUUUUGUUACUACGCAAGAUCAAUAAAAAUU